UUCCCAGUUAAAAGGCUUCAGAUCCCCAAACCAGGCAGAGAGCUGAGCUACUGGGGCCUCUUCCUUUGGUCAGAAUCAGCCUCAGCAUGGGACGCCCACCGCCUGCUGCUGCCGUGUGCACCUGGAUGUUCCUGCUCUUGCUGCUGGAAGUCUGUGCAAGACACUGGAGGGCAGAGGAGAACAAGGUGCUGGGCGGCCAGCCGUGCAAGUCCAAUUCGCAGCCUUGGCAGACAGCCUUGUUCCAGGGGGACCAGCUGCUAUGCGGGGGUGUCCUCAUCGAUGACAGCUGGGUCCUCACGGCAGCCCAUUGUAAAAAACCGAGGUACACAGUCCGCUUGGGAGAGCACAACCUGAAGAAUAAGAGUGGGUCGGGGCAGGAAAGGGCUGUGGCCCAGUCCAUCCCACAUCCCUGCUUCAGUGGCGACAGUGAGGACCACAACCACGACCUGAUGCUCCUUCGACUACGUGACCCAGCAUCCAGAGGGUCCUCCGUGAAGCCCAUCAACCUGACAGAUCACUGCCCUCGAGUUGGCCAGAAGUGCACCAUCUCAGGCUGGGGCACUGUUACCAGCCCCCAAGGGAACUUUCCGGAUGACCUCAACUGCGCAGAAGUCCAUAUCGUGUCCCAGAAGCGGUGUGAAGAUGCCUACCCUGGGAAAGUCACCGAGGCAAUGACCUGUGCAGGUGACAGCAGUGGGGCUGACUCAUGCCAGGGUGACUCAGGGGGACCACUGAGGUACAGAGGCUCCCAGCAAGUCAAGGAAUCCUCAGUACAUUUUUCCUAAGACCCACCCACCCAUGGGCCCAAUGAUCUGCACCCGCAUAUGCAAGUGCCGAGAAAGGGUAUAUAAAACCAUGGGAAAUAAUUCCUAAUAUCUCCCUCCUCCCAUCUCUCCAACCCUCCAACCCGAACUGGAAAUCCAC